AUGAUGCGGCGGGAGAUCACGUCCGUGGCGUCCUUUCGCGAGGGUCUGCCAAGCGCAUCACGCUCCUCGCGACGAGGACUAGGCCGCCGAAUCCCGCUCCUCCUCUUCGCCGCGACAAUCUGCUUCGCCCUCACCGUUCUCCUGCGACGGUCGAACACGAAGGAGGCGGCAGCGGGUGCGGCGGACCUCGAGGCGGCGGAUCAGCGGUUACUGAAGGUGUUGGUCAAGACGAAGGAGGCCAUUCAGCAGGAGACUCCGCUCGAGGACAUUGCGGCAUUCGCAGACCGCGCAAAGGUUCUCAUGGAACUGGACGAGUUCGGCUCGAAGCUGAAUGAGACGUACCCUCGACUAAACGCCUCGACAAAGGCGCUCUACUCUCGCUCAAUCUACCACCACCACCAGCAACUACUCCAAAGUCUCUACCCCUACAUCAAUAAGAAACCGCAAAUGCCUCGAAGUCUCUCCGGCCUUCGCGCAAGAUACACCGUUCCUCGAGGAAUUAUCGUCCCAGUCGGAAACGACCAGUUCAUCUACGCCGUACACCUCCUUGCGACGAUCGUUCACACCCACGGCGUCAACUUCCCCAUACACGUCGUCUAUGCCGGCAACGACGACCUCGUCCCUGAAAAGCGGGCAGCUCUCCGCUCGAUUUCGCCCAACAUCGACACCGUCGACAUCCUGAACUACUUCGACGAAGAGCUCGUUGGCAUCCACGGCGGAGGCUGGGCGAUCAAGGUCUUUGCGAUCCUCGCGAGUCCGUUCCAGGAGGUCAUCAUCGCAGACGCAGACGCCGUCUUCGUCCAGAACCCGGAAGUCAUGUUCGACGACCCGGGCUACAAUGCCACCGGCACGCUCUUCUUCCGCGACAGGGAGAUCUUCCCAGGUGACGGACAGGUGCACGAGUGGUUCCACGGCGUGAUGAAGGGUCGCGAGCCGUCGGCGCAGCUGGCUUCGUCGAGGUGGUGGACCGACAUGGCGUCGCGUGAGGAGAUGGAGAGCGGAGUCGUCGUGUUUGACAAGCGGAGAACGAGCGUGGUGUACGGGUUGCUGUACGCGGGAUGGCUGAACACGCGGGUCGUGCGGGAGGAAGUUACGUACAAAAAUACUUACGGCGACAAGGAAUCGUUCUGGAUGGCCUUCGAGCUCUGUGGCCUCCCUUACCACCUCGACCGCGAAUACGCCGGCAUCAUCGGCCAGCUCACACACACCGACACCAAGUCGCACUCGAUCGACACCUUUAUCCAGAGCGACCACCUCUUUCACCUCGAUCACAAGGGCCGGCCGCUUUGGUGGAACGGAUCGCUCUUCCAGGAGAAGCGCGUGAAGGACCGAGGCUACCUCAUUGCGACACACUGGGCGCCGGGAACGGUCGACUGGAUCUGCGACACCGAGCCAUGGAGCAUGCGAGUCGACAUGCGCGACGUCCGCAGCCUCCAGAGCGACGCCAACUUUACCCGCGUCCUCACCGACAUGAUCGGCUCGGCCAUCUUCUGGGAGGGCAGGUUUCCUCAGCUACUCGAGCGACACUAUGCGACCGACUCGACGACUGCGCCGCAACGCUGGCGAUAG